AUGCGAGCUUUUCUAAAGGGCUCGGAGGGGUGUUUCCAGCUGAAAUCCUACACCACGACCAUCGGGAGCCGCAGAGGGGCCGACAUCGUCCUGCAGUCCGCAGGUGUAGCAGAUCGUCACGCAGCCCUGGAAUUCUCCCCCUCGGACAACAGCUUCGUCCUCCGGGACUUCAACUCCCCCCACGGCACCUUUGUCAACAGCUGCCAGGUCCAAAACGCGGCCGUCAGGGUGAGGCCGGGGGAUGUGCUGAGCUUCGGCACCGCGGGAGCGUCCCUGGAGCUGCUGGUGGAUGGGACAGCCCAGGGUGAGAAGCUACUGGAGAAGGAAAUUGGUCACCUCUCCAGUUUGGAAACAGAGUCCAAGGGCAAAGAGGUGCUGGUCAGAGAUCUGCAGGAGGAGAUUGCGGCUAUGGCAAAGAAACUGGCCCAGGCAGCGGUGAGGAGYGAGGCUGAGCUGAGCCAGGAGCUGCUCACCUUCAGCCGAGAGCUGGGRGCCCAAACAGAGGAGAUCAAAGCCCUGAGGGAACAGCGCAUYGAGGAGCUGGAGAGGGACCUGCGGGGGCUGCAGAGGGAGAUCCAGAAACAUCAGAGUGUCCAAAAGCAGCUGGCUGAGAAAGCCAAGGUGGAGGAGGAGCUGAAGGCAGCCUGGUCCCAGCAGGCAGAUCAGCUGCAGGAGAUGGGGCACAGGGAGCGCCUGCUGCGGGCUGACCUGCAGAGAGCCAGGGAGCAGCUGGAGUCCUUCAAGACCCGAGUGAUGCAAGUCUGUUCUCCAUCAGCAGCAGGCAGMACAGGGAAAUCUGUAACAGAGCAGCAGGUGAUAGAGAAGGUCAGGCAGAUCUCUGACGAGAACCAACAAAGUCACAAGAGGGAGAAGAGUCUGCAAAAGGAAUUAAGCUCCAGGGUCGCAAAGGAAAAGGAGGCGUCUGCAAACAUUGAGGCAUUCAAGAACGCCCUGCAGAAGCUCCAGGCCUGCCUGAGCAGCCCCUGCAGCAGCUCCAGCCUGCGAGGGGAGCUGGGCCAGCUGGAGCUGCUGUGCCUGGAUCCCUCUGUCUCAGCCAUCAGGACAGCAGUGCUGGACAUGGAGCAAUUAGAGAAGCUCCAGGAGCUGCAGGCAGAGCUGCUGCAGGAACACACAAAGGAGCUGGAAGCGAAACACGAGMAAGACUUACAGAUAAAAAUCCAGCAGAUUAUCCUGGAAAAGGACAAGGAGAACAUAGAGAUUCUAGAAAGCGCUGUAGCUGAGGAGAAGGACAAGUGCAAGAAAUCYGUGGAGGAAGAGCAGAAGAAGAUCCAAGAGCUGGAAAACCACCUGAGAAGCAUGGCUGAGGCAACAGCAAAGCAGGCGGAGGAACAGGAGCUGACAGAGGGAAAACUGAGAGAAGCUUUGCACAAGCUGGAGAAAAUCACUGCACAAGAGGCAGUGCUGCAGCAGAAGGUGCUCGAGCAGGACAAACAGCUCAGGGCUGCCCAGGAGGAGCAGGAGCUGCAGAGGCACAAACUGCAGGAAGAAACAGCAGGGUACAGAGAGCAAAGCAGGCAGCAUUCCCUGACCAUCCUGGCCUUGGAGGACAGGCUGCUAGAGGCCACUGAGCAGCAGAAGAUGCUGGAGGAGGAAAAGAAAGCACUUGAGGAAAAACUGGAAGGAUUUCAGUGCCAUGCCCACAGGAGCCUGCAGGAGGAGCUGGCAGCGGCACAGUCCAUGCUCCUGGAAAAGSAGGCAGUGAUCAGCAGGCUCACCAGGGAGCUGUCAGAAACCAGAGCCAGGAUGUCGGACAUGAAAGGGGAGCUGAAUGAGGAGCAGAAGGUGGAGCUGGAGCACAGCCARAGGCAGCUGAAGCACCGCGAGCAGGAAGUGAACCAGCUCAGGGAGAAGCUAUCUGAGCUGUCCAGCCUUGUGCAAGAGAAGGAUCGGACCCUGAAAGCAGCAGCUGAAGAGUUGAGCCAAGCCCAAAGCCGCUGCCAGGCGCUGAGGGAUGCCUCCCAACAAACAGUGGAGAACACAGAGGAUGCUCYCAGGACUCCGGUGCAGGAGGGUGAAGCGUCCCAGCGGGAGCUGCCAUCAGACUUGGCUGAGCUUGGUGCAAAAUGCCGAGGCCUCAGGCACGAGGAGACCAUCCAGCGCCAAAAAGAAGGUUUGGCUGAGCUCCGAGAGAGGGUGAAGAUGCUGGAGAAGAGGCAGUGCUCAGGUGCUCUGAAGAGGGGCUCGGAGCCACUGGAGGUCUGGAUGAAAGACACACCAGAGAAAAUAGYCCAACAAAGAGGUCUUGAGAUGGAACCUGCACCUGUGUUGGGAGGAAAGCUGAAGGCUGGCAAGGUUCCUGGCCAUGUUCCUCACAGGGGCUUGCUCAGGAUCUCCAACAGCACAGCGAGAUUGGAGAUGGCUGAGGCGACAGACUUUGGUGAGAAGAUGUACCUUGAUGUAAUCGGUGCACUGGGAAGCCUGAUGGAGAUGAAGGAGCUGUCAGGAAUGCAGCCUCUGCAGCACCUUCCUCAGGAGAAGAGGGGACAAGUGGGACGGCAGAGGCAGAAGGCCCUGGAGCUGUUGUACAACAAGAUCAGGAAYCUCCAGCUUUGUCUGGAAAGGAAAGAAGAAAUGCUGAAAGAUUAUGAGGGAAGCAUGGAGCAGCUCAGACAGAGCCAAGCAUCCCUGCAGAGGUGCCAGGAGGAGAUGUCCAGGCUGGAGGAUGAAGUCCACAGGGAGGCAGAGGAGAAGGCCCUGCUGCGAGAGGCUCUGGAGAGGGUGCAGCUCCAGCUGGAGCGGGAGAAGAGGCUGCGGCAAGCRGCCAAACGGCACAAGCGGGCGGUGGGCGAGGGCUCGCCCGGGGGCGGUGGCCGCCGCGUCUUCAGCCCCGCCGGGGAGUUCCGCGAGUUCUCCCGGCGGCAGCUCCGCGACAUGGAACGGCUCUUCCGACAGUACGACGCAGGGAAAGACGGCUUCAUUGACCUGAUGGAGCUGAAGCUGAUGAUGGAGAAGCUGGGMGCUCCACAGACGCACUUGGGACUGAAGAACAUGAUCAAGGAGGUGGAUGAAGACCUGGACAGCAAGCUCAGCUUUCGAGAGUUCCUGCUGAUUUUCCGGAAGGCAGCGGCAGGUGAGCUACAGGAGGACAGUGGGCUGCACGCCCUGGCCCGGCUCUCCGAGAUCGAUGUCUCCACAGAGGGAGUGAAAGGCGCCAAGAACUUCUUUGAGGCCAAGGCACAAGCCAUCAACGAAGCCAGCAGGUUUGAGGAGGAGAUCAAGGCAGAGCAGGAGGAGAAGAAGAAGCAGGCAGAGGAGCURAAGCAGAGGAAGGCGGCCUUCAAGGAGCUGCAGUCCACCUUCACGCAGUGAYGGGGCCGGGCAGGACUGGUCAGCGGUGCCCGGCCGGUGACGCCGCCUGUGCCGCGUGCCAGCUGUGCCAGGCACACUGCCCGAGCUGUGCCACCCGGGCUGCCAGCAGGGUCCUGGCACGGGCUCAGUGCAGCGCCCACCUCGCUGGCAGAGCCCAGCCGGCCYCAGCUCCCCCUCCCCUCUUGCUGUGGUGUCUGUAGGUGUUGUUCRUGCCCCCCACCUCCCCAGCGUGCCCCCCACCCUGCACAGCACCCUGUUCCCUGCCCGCAGCUGCACCRGGGGCUGCUGCUGCUGCUGAGUCCCGGGGGAGCCGUGUCCAGAGCGCCUGUCCCUGGGACRCCUGUGCCCAGACUGUCGUGUGUUGUGGUUUGCAGGAUGGGGACUUGUCCAGGUGGCCGUGGUGGGUGUUGUGGUGGCCAUGCUGGCUCGGUGUCUGUUGGUAUUGCCGUGUGUGACACCAGUGACAAAAAGCCAUCACAAAGCCAAGUGCUGGUCAAGGGGCUCUGUGUGUGUGUGUGUGUGUGUGUGUGUGUGUGUGUGAUGCUGGGGGUGAGUGCCCAGCCCCCUGGCAUGGAGCCCCCCAGGAGCUGGGUCUCUCUGUAUUUUGGUCAAAGACGUACAGAAAGGCAGCUGCUGGCUCAUGGGACUGUAUUAUGUUUUUUCAUGUUGUAUUCGGCCUGGCAGGAUGAACGUGGUGGCCACAAGCGGCUGCCAUUGGUCAUUGAGGCUCUUGUGUUUGUGGGUGGCUGUAAAGACCCACAUCUGUCCCACGGUGUCCCCCAAGUGGCAGUAUAGGGGGUGUGUUAUGUUUUUUUUAAUUUAAUCCCAAAUAAAUAUUAUAUUUCUUAAGUGCUGGGUGCUGUGG